AUGCUGGGGAGGUUUGUUCUAGGGGGUAUAGGCUAUGAUCCACCAAAUGCUGCUUCCAGAAAGCUUAUACUAUCGAUACUAAACUCUACGGCAACUAAAAGGGAAGCAAAAGAUUACAUAACCAAAUAUGCUAAUGGUGCCAAAAUCAACCAUUGCUUAUUGUUGACACGCCAAUCACACCGCUUAAAUGAGAAGAGUCUCCUCCAGCUAUCGGAAGUUAUCAAAAGACUACACAUGCUUGGAUUGAGGCCAAUCUGUUUGAUUCCACCAUCAAGUCACGUGCCUCAUCAAGCCGAAUCAUUGGACAAGAUGCUAACUAGAGCUCAAUUACGACCUCUGCACUGUCAGAAUGGCCUCACUAAAUUACUUUCAGGUCGAUACGAGUCUAUUUUAUCUUCACAAAGUUAUCUUUUUAGUGACGAGCGCAUGACAGAUGUGGUACCGAUAAUCAGGCCAUUCGUAUUUGAAGAAUCGUCUGCCACACAAUACAUGACGAAAGAUGCAGUUACAUUUACCAGGUAUCUCUGUAGUGAUAAUAUUCCUUAUAUUGAUAAAUUUUUUAUUCUGAAUAGGAUAGGAGGAAUACCAUCGGGUGAGAGAAACGAAAACUCACAUGUAUUCAUUAACCUAAGUCAAGAGUUCGGAAAUCUGAGAGAAGUACUGCAAAGAAAAUAUAAUGAAUUGGACGACAACAGGGUGGAUUCAGAUGAUGUUUUGGGUAGAUUGAAAGUAUACGCUAUGGAGAAAAAGACUUCUCUCACAAAGAGGAGAUUCAAGGAACACAUAGAAGAUAUACAAUUGAUGAACGCGGUAUUGUCUAAGCUUUCCACUACAGCCACGGGUCUUAUUACAACAGUAAAGGCUGCUUCACUGGCAUCAGAUGAAAACAAUCCACUUUUGUAUAAUUUGCUGACUGAUAGAUCAUUGAUCUCGUCUUCGUUACCGCGAUUUAAAAAGAGGCAUGGAUCACUCGAAUUGACGAGUGAAACCCAUAGUUGGUACGAAUUACCGUUCGACUUAGAAGAAGAGAAUAAUUACAAUAGUAUGGCGAAAGACGCUGUGGCAGUUACAACAGUUUUAAAGAAAGGAGUACACAUCAAGAUAUUUAAUGAGUCUACAUUGACACAAUAUAAUUGUAUUGGAUUACCCACCAAAUUCCAUUCCCCACAAGGCGGCUCAUCCUUGAAAUUAGAGAAAUUAAAUCUCAAUAAGCUGGAAUCUAUACUAAACCAAAGUUUUGGUCGUAAAAUAGACUUGGAACAUUAUCUUGAUCGCAUAAAUGGAAACGUUGCAUCUGUGAUAGUGAUUGGCGAUUACGAGGGGAUAGCAAUUUUGACUUUUGAAGGACCAGCUGAAAAUCAAUUCGUUUACUUGGAUAAAUUCGCCGUCUUACCUCAUUUGAAGGGAUCCUUGGGAAUCUCGGACAUAAUAUUUAACCUUAUGUUCAAGAUGUUUCCUAGAGAAUUAUUGUGGAGAAGUAGAAGAGAAAAUGUUGUUAAUAAGUGGUACUUUCAGCGUAGUGUAGGUGUGCUUGAUCUGUCAAUAAAGUUGGCUAAUGGCGAUAGAAGACCGAGCCAAUUCAAAUUAUUUUUCUAUGGUGAUCCUGAAGCAACCAAUAACUCAUUUGAAAAUCAAGAAAGAUUGGACGAUUACGCAAAAUAUGUCAGGGAUAUUAAUCCGAGCUGGAAAAAAUGA